AUAAACAAAAGGCAGCAAGCCAAUCAGCAGUCACUGUUCAGUACCUAUUCGUAAUUUUUUUAAAUGUUUUCCACGGUUGUUGUGGCUGCCCGCGGUGUGAUUUCGAUUGCAGUGUCGCAACAAAGUUCGAGAAGGCUCAUACAUUUAUCAAAAGUGACCAUGGCACCUAUCAAGGUUGGAGACAAGUUACCAUCUGUCGAUUUGUUUGAAGAUUCACCAGCAAAUAAAGUCAACAUUUCUGAAUUGGCAGCUGGAAAAAAGGUUAUUCUUUUUGCUGUACCCGGUGCAUUUACCCCUGGUUGUUCAAAAACUCAUUUACCGGGAUAUGUAGAAAACGCUGAUAAGUUAAAAUCUGAGGGUGCCUCAGAGAUCGUAUGCAUUUCAGUAAAUGAUCCUUAUGUUAUGGCUGCCUGGGGAGCUCAACACAACACCAAGGGGAAGGUUCGAAUGCUAGCUGAUCCCAGUGGAAACUUUGUAAAAGCUCUGGAUCUUGGCACUAAUCUUCCUCCAUUGGGUGGUUUACGUUCAAAGAGAUUCUCUAUGGUCAUCAAUAAUGGUACAGUGGAGGAGCUGAAUGUGGAACCGGAUGGUACUGGAUUGUCAUGCUCCCUUGCUGACAAGAUAAAAAUCAAGAAGUAAAAAUCACAAAUAUAUCCCUUUCAAAUAUUAUUAAAUGUGAUAAGAAUAGAUUCUACUUAGAUUGCCUAAGCACUCCUUGUGAUAUGUCUAACUGACACAUACAAUAAUAGAAAUUAUUAAAAUACA